CAGUUCUUGCCAUGGAAUCUUACCCCUUCCAAGCCAAUUCUCCUUCCAUAAAUUCCAGUUCUUUGUGUUGAAAUGUAAAAAUCUUUGUGUUGAAACGUAAAAAUGGAAGAUAAAUUAACAACUGGCGCUAUAUUGCGUAUUUUCAAAGGUGAAGAAGUAAAGGAGCCCCAAUUCCAGAUUCUUGCCUACAAGAAGAUGACAACAAGGCUCAUGGGGCUUGCACGUUACAGAAUAUGUGCCUCUGAUGGUGCAUACACAACUACAAAUGGAAUUUUAACCCUUCCUCAAUCAACCCCAAUUGAAAACUAUUCUAUAAUAAGAUUGAAAAAGUUUAAAAAAAGUGAAAUAAAUUGCGCUAAGGGGCCCCAAAAAUUACUGUUUAUAUUGGAAUCAGAAGUGGUUGUUCCUGGUUCUCAAAUUGGUAAAGAACUUGCUAACCCCCAGCUUAUAUCUGAUGAAAUUCUCUCACGUGGGGUUUCAACCUGUGAACCAUCCUCGAGACAACAAUUUACGUCUUUGAACCAAUCCAUUUCUGAGACUGUUCGGGUCCAGAAGUAACAUUUUACAUCCUACUAUUGAACGUAAAAAUAAACAAAAUGCAGAUUUUCGGAGACAAUGAAACAUAAAUCAUAAUUUUCAUCAGACAAGGUCUCAUUUAUUUGCUCUAAUACCAAAACGUACAGUCAAACAAAGUGAAAAUGACGCCUCAAUGAACCAGCCCCUUCUAACCGCAAGCAAAAUUAUCGUAUUGUAAACUUGACGUAGUUUUUUACAGUUUACAGAAAGCGAAAUGAAAACUUAAUUCAGAAUUAAACUAAUUCGAAUUAGGUUAUGUACAGUUGCAAAAUUAAAAUUUUGGACAGUAUUUUUUUCUCACUUUAAAAAGUUCACUGU